AUGAGUGCUAUCAGCCAAGGCGAAGCAGACCGGGUGCUACACCUCAAGAGUCGAGAGCGAGAGGCCCAUGCAUGUUACCCAUGUAGAAAGCGGAAGGUUAAAUGUGAUGGAGUUCAACCAUGUCAUACCUGUCAGAAGCGAAAACACCCCGAGAUCUGUGCAUACGCCCUUUCGCAUUCGAGGCGGAGAUCAACUCGUCAUAGUGUCGCACGCUCGGUUUCGCCCAUAUCACCGGCUGUAACAAGCAAUGAACCGGCACGACCUGAUGAUAGCUCGAAGGAUUAUGUCUAUUCUGGUGAUAAUUCGGUCGUUUCGAUCCUGCGCCUGCGAGCAUCGGACGCCAAUGAAUCGGUGGCCCGUGAAGUCGGAUCUGUUCUUGGUCUGCGGAAUACAUUCAACAAUUAUCCUUUCAUGGACUCGAAGACGCCGCUUGAGAGGUGGAAGGCACUGUUGACUGUAAUGCCCCAGAGAUCCGAGGUCUUGAAAUUCUUCCACUUCUAUCGUGUCACGGCAUAUCCAUUCAAUCCAAUACUCGCUGACAUAGACCGCUUUGAAUCCGACUUGUGCACCUUUCUCAAUGCCCACGCAUCUGGUGAAUUACACGACCCGGAGAAGAUCACUGAUCGUUGGGCGACCAACAAGUCAAUUGGCCAUGUCAGCCUUUUACUGGCAACAUUAGCAGCAGGGGCACAUUACUCCGAUACUGAAUAUCUCGAACGACUUGAAUUGUCAACUGACUUUGCCCGUCGAUCAUUUCAUGCGCUCCGCUUAGCCAAUUUCCUGUUUCGGCCAUCACUGGAUAUUAUACAAGCGCUGCUUAUCUUGGGGAAUACGUUGCAGAAUAUGGGACAGUCCGAUGCCGCCUGGGCGUUACUGGGUACGACGAUCCGACUAGCUCAGACCAUGGGCCUACACACCGAAAAAAGUACUGUUCACUGGCCCGAGCAGGUGAGAAUGAAGGCCAGAACUCUUUGGUCAACAAUUGUCUGGCAGGAUAGUUUACUGUGCCUUUGCUAUGACCGACCGCCUAUUGUCUCUGUGACGGGAUGGUCCCUCGCCAGCUCGUUUUUCGAGAGACAAGACUUGUCAUUCGCAGAAGUAAUGCAUUUGCUCUGUCGUAUCAGUCUGGAUAUUAUGCGGCCGGAAACCCUCAGCGUCGCUGAACUUGAUCGAGCACUAGAAGGGCUGCAGCGGCUGGAUGACAUUCACCAAUGCGGCCUGCCAUAUCUUCGAUCACGAGGAAAUUGCACAACACUACAACAGCAUCUCGAGUAUUUAGCUCUCAAAAUGCACACCUCCUUCUGUGUAUCCGUCUUCUGCAGACCGGCAAUGAAGCAAUCCACCCAACAGCCUUUUCUCCCCCACGCUGGUAUUCUUCGGGCUCGUGCCAAAGGGAGUUUGAUCGAUGCCUCCAAGGCAUUUCUUGAUUUCCAGGCUCUGAGUAUUGUUCCGUUGCGGAGCUGGUCAAUGGUGCAUACAGUGUUGAGUUCAACCCUCCUUCUCUGCAUCUGGGAAGAGACACGCCAUGACCCCGAAUGUCGCAAUCUUCAACAAAAAGUUAUCGACGUCUUCUCAUCCUCUAAUUCAAGAACCAACGAUGACGGUCUUUCCUUUUCCGAAAGUGACAAUCAGUGGUUGUCAGAUCGUCACAUCCGAGCCUUGGUAACCUUACGAAGUGCCUUGGAACGAGAGCAGGAGACGGGCACUACCGAGACGGAGAACUGGGCGGGAAUGGCCACUAAUGUGCCGCAAUUUGGCCCUGGGCCCGUUGGGUACAUGGACAUGCCCGAUCCAUUCGACGUAUCACCCGUCACGUAUCUAGACUCGAUCAUGAACAUUCCGAUGUUUGAUUAUACACAGGAAAAUGGAUUCCUGUGA